AUGACGACUACCCCAUCGCAAGUUACAUCGUCUCAAGCUCCUUCAACCAUGAUUCUCCCUGAGGGUCUUACUGCAGAUUCAAUCGAUACAAUUCCAGUGCUCUGCGAAACACUUUCUCGUCUCCAAAACUUCUCUCCAAGUAAUCCAUCCGCAGCUUCUCCGCCAGGCGCGACCCCUUCAUUCAAUGCAAAUAGUACCGGGCCGUUAAAUAUCAAAGAUAUCUACGCCGCGACCGAUGGCAUCAAGCAUAAAUUACAAAAGGCGAGGGUGAGUGUGAGGGGUAUGCCGGAUAUGCAUAGAACUAUUGAAGACCAGGAAGAGGAGAUAAGAGAGUGCGAGGAGAAGAUUGGACAGCAGAAGGAGGUUUUGAAUUUGUUGAUGAAAGUAGGACUGAAUAUGAAGAAAGAGCGAGAGGAGAGAGGAUCUGGAGAUAAAAUGGAAACUUGA